AUUUAUUUUAUGUCACAGGUUUCAUGGAGGUCUAAAGAUGAGAGAAGUAGAAUAUGUGAGAUCUGUUUUGAUUUCUUCUGCUCAUACGUUUGUGUGAGAAUUAUCUGGGAUCUGCAGGACAAGUGCUAACCAAAAAUAAACAUGGCAGAAAAUUCUAACAGCUUGAAGCCAGACAUCUUCAAUGAUAAAGCCUAUGUGUCAAAAAGAAGCAUCAGAAAGACCUUAAUUAAUAAAAUACGGUAUAUACCAAUAGAGAGGGAACUCACCACUAAUGCCAAGGUCUCACCGUCUCCUGCUGGCAGUGGCAGUGACAUGAAUCCAGUGGGCUGUGAUGCACAGCAGGAACUGAAUGAGUGUAAAAAUGUUAUUGAGAACCAGAAGUUUGGAUCUGCGCCUGAGGAAGUGUCCAACUUUGCCAGCCUGAGGCUGAAACUUGAGGAAGACUGGACUGAAUUUGAGUUGGCACCAGCUCCAGAAACACAACAGGACAUCACAGUAGAUAAGAAUGUAGCGAAGCAAUCCAGGAAACAUGAGCCAAAUUCAGAACCAAAACAAACAGGCAAGCCACAUUAUGUUUUCACAGCUAUGAAGAAGCGGAGCAUAGAGGGAGAUGCUGAAAACCGCCCUUACAAGUGCCCUUACUGCAGCUGGGCCUUCAAGAAAUCCAGCAACCUACUGAGCCACAUGGAGACGCACAGCGGGUUGAAGCCACACGUGUGCGAGCUGUGCGGAAAAGCUUACGCACAUCAGGGCACCCUGCAGCAGCACAAGCGGCUACACACAGGUGAGCGGCCCUACAGCUGCCCAUUCUGCGAUAAGACCUACACAUGGUCCUCUGACCAUCGCAAGCACAUCCGCACACACACUGGUGAGAAGCCAUACAUAUGCACAGAGUGUGGCAAGGAAUUUGUGCGCUCGUCGGACCUGCGCAAGCACGAGCGCAACAUGCACACCAACAACAAGCCAUUCUUGUGCCGUGCGUGUGGAAAGACCUUUAACAAACCUCUAGCAUUGCUACGGCAUGAGCGUACACAUCUGGGUGAGCGGCCUUUCAUUUGUUCAGACUGUGGCAAAACCUUUGCCCUUCCCUCCCGCCUGGCUGAGCACCAGAAAGUCCACAGUGGUUUGCGGCCUCACGUCUGCCCCAUUUGCACAAAAGCCUUCACUAAGUCCUCAAACCUGACUGAACACCUAAGUGUGCACACCGGUUUCCGUCCACACACGUGUGCCGAGUGCGGUGUGUCUUUUGCCAUGCCCUCACGCCUGCUACGGCACCAGCGCACACAUGCAGCCCGACGACUGCAGCAGGUCCUUCAGCCACCACUUUAACACUUGUGUUCUUGUUCCUUACUUAGCAAUAUUCCAUCCCAUUAUAGCAAUAUAGCUACAACGGUACUACUCUGUCUAUCUUCACUGUCAAUCACUGUGACACUAGCCAAUAUUAUUAGUAUGUGGUAAUACAGUAUUUGUUUGGAUGACUUCUUGUGUCUUGGAAGACAUCUUUCUUCCUAGUUGGUGGUGGCUGUAUGAAAGGGAUGGAAUUGGCUUCUGUCCAAAUAGGAAGAAAAAAGGUGGGGAAUUGGGUUGUUAAAAACUUGUUUUUAAUGUUGUUGCAGUUUUAGUGACUUUUCUGUGCAUCUUUAUUGUAACCUUGACUGAAAAGGGCAUAAAAGUUAUUUUUCACACAAUUUUUCACACCUAAUAUAUCUUUUUUAUUUUAUAUAUUUAUUCAGUUUUGUUUUUGUCGAUCUGUUUAACCAUCUUUUUCGUAUUUUUAUUCUUUAUAAGAAUUAGUAGUGUGUAUUAUGUCUAAUAUAUCAUUAUAUGCAUAGUUUCUUUGACUUUGUAGUCACCUCUAAAUGCACAUGUAGCCUGAUGGCUACAGCCAGUUUAAUAUUUAAUUCUUUAUUUUCUUCUGUCUAAUGGUUUCAAAAUGUGAAUGCUUACAAUUUUUGUCACCUCCUCCACGAUGGCAGUAAAUCUUUCCUGUCAUACCCAGUUGGCUGAUCUCCAUGCUGGCCAUGCUGCUGUGGAAUCCUCUGAGCACAUGUUCUUCUCUACUACUAGUGCAAAGGUCAUUUUAACCCACCAAGACGCUGUGUUCUAUGUGCUGAUUGCACAGUUUGGACUGGCUUAGGGGCAUAAAACUACAUGAGUCAAGUAUGCUACACUUAUUAACACCUCUCUGACAUUUACAUGAAUGCUCCCUAUAAAAAUACUAUUCAGUUCCAAUGCAAUGACCACCUAAUCUAGCUUUAUCUAGUCUUGUCAUCACAUUUUAGUCACUAUCAAAAAUACAGAUAAGCACUUGACCACAAAACAAGAAAAAAACAUAUCAAAAAAAAUAUAAUAAA